UUAGAAACACAUUCAACUUUGCACAUUUCUGCUUUUAUAUGUGCAGCUUUUCUACGCAGUGUAAGGUCUUUUUUGUCCAUCAUAAUCGACGCUAUAGCAAAACAACUCUGCGAAAGUUAUUUUCUGUUACACCGGCUGGUGUAAACAUGAAUUGUACAAUGGAGUUGUGUCUCCCCGUAAAAUCACUCUACACUAAUGUUUAGGGAUGUGCCACACACACUGGAUUGCACUACGAUGUGUUUUAUGAUACCGUAAGUUAAUAUACUGACUUAUAUAUACGUUUUUAAUAUCCAAUUACUAUAAUUAACAAGGUGGCAUCGAAGCAGUUAUGGCCAAACAUGCGGUGCUGUCAUUGGGUGCAAAUAUGUGGAGAUGUCUGGCCUGUGCAAAGUCAGAGCUGCGUCUGGAUCUUACUCUAGCCUGUGGACAAUCUUUCCGCUGGAGGGAGACUGCAGAAGGCCACUGGACCGGAGUGAUGGGAGGACGAGUGUGGACUCUGACCCAGACAGAUGACACUUUGUGGUACCACGUUUACAAAAACCAGGACAAGCAGGAGGAGGGAAGUCUAAGUGACAGGAAGAGGAGAGCUGGUGCUACUCUCCAGGAGGAAAUCAAGUCAGAGAUGAGAUUUAAAGGGGCUCUGAAGAAGGAAGAAGAGGAGCCAGUGGCUGUGACCCCACAGCACGACACUGAAGAGGAAGAAGAGAUGCUGAGAGAUUACUUCCAGCUGAACGUGAAGCUGGGGGAUCUGUACAGGGAGUGGGGAGCAGCAGACCCCCACUUCAGGCAUAUUGCGGACAUCUUCACUGGUGUGCGAAUGCUACGCCAGGACCCCACUGAAUGCCUGUUUUCCUUCAUUUGCACCUCCAACAACCACAUCUCUCGUAUCCAGGGCAUGGUAGAGCGGCUGUGUCAGGCUCUGGGCGCCCCACUGUGCCAGCUGGAUCAAACCUCUUACUACAACUUUCCUUCCCUGUCUGCGCUUGCAGACAGCAGCGUAGAGGCCUGUCUCCGGGAACUUGGUUUUGGAUACAGGGCUCGGUUCCUGCAGCAGAGUGCUAAACAGAUUCUGGACACCCAUGGGCUCCAGUGGCUUGAAGGUCUACGAGGUGUCCCGUAUCUGCAGGCCCGUGAUGCUCUCCGUACUCUCCCUGGUGUGGGCACCAAGGUGGCAGACUGUGUAUGUCUGAUGUCCCUGGAUAAGUCAGAGGCCGUGCCCAUCGACACACAUGUGUGGCAGAUUGCAAAGCGUGACUACAAAUAUGCUGCUGGCAACGGACAGAAAACCAUCACAGAUAAACUUCACAAAGAUAUUGGGGAUUUUUUCAGAAAGCUGUGGGGUCCUUAUGCUGGUUGGGCGCAGUCGGUGUUGUUCUGUGCUGACCUCAAGAAGUUCCAAAAGCUGAAAGAAACGCUGCAUCUGAAGAAGCCAAAGAAAGAGGAAGACAGUGAAGAAGAGAGGAUGGUAGCAUGUAAGAAAACAAAAAUAAAGACGGAAGAAAAUGGAACUGUGAAAAACAGGAAAACCAAGCCAGUGUGUCACAAGAGAGCAAAGAAGUCUGUUAAGGAUGAGAAGGUGGUGUGAGGUAAACAAGCCUCUUACAUCAGGAUUCACAUCAGCACCAGACAUUUUCCACACACUUUUUUUUAACUCGGCUUCAUGUUUGAAAAUGAAAUAGAUAAAGGAUUCAUUUGCUAGGAACAUGGUAUAAAACUGAUCAUUGUAAAAAAAAAUUCUCAGGUUAUUGUACAUAUGUUUGUGUUGUUUACUGUAACCUCUCCUAUGUCUACUUUCCCUACUUCAAAUGCCAGCACACUGGUGAUUUUUAUAAUAAAUAGAAAACAGCUUAUUCACUA